CUUAGCUACAAUAUUGUCUUGAUCAACCGAUCAUCUCCCCCAGCUUCUCAGUUUCCUACCACAACAUAAAACACACAUAAAUACCCUCACUCUUAUCCCACCUUUUUUCAAUUCUGUUUCUUGGCCAACAAGAGAAAAAGGAGAGGAGAUCUUGUGUGUUGAGAUGGGUUUUAAUUCAGUUUAUAAGGUUCUGCAGGAGGUUUUUCCGCAGGUUGAUUCCCGGAUACUGAGAGCUGUUGCUAUUGAGAAUUCUAAGGAUGCUGAUGUGGCUGUUGGGGUGGUUCUUUCUGAAAUUGUGCCAUCUCUUUCUGUAAAAAGCGGAAAAAUUGCUACUUCUCCCAAUCAUAGUCCAAGUUUGCCCAAUCCAUAUGAAGAUGUUGAAGUCCCUAAUACAGGUGGGGGGACAUCUGGUGCUGGGGUCAAUUAUGGAGUUUCUGAAAAAGUUAUUGCAGCUCAACAGGUUUCAUCGAGGAAACCUGGUGAAUCUGUUUCUGCUGAGUUUGAUAUCCCCUUCGUGAACUUCAAAUCUGCUGGUCCCAGUAAUGUUACAAAUGAGGUGAAGGAUCAGGUGUUUGUAGAUGCCGUGGAUGAGUUUGGUGAGAAUAUCAGUUUAUCAGGGAGGCGCCAAGUAAACAGUACAGAAGAGGAUCAAAUAUUUCCUAGGAGAUCAUCUAUGCUUGCUGAACGAGGUAAUCAGCCUUUAAAUGAUACAAAUGGCUUUGUGAAUUCUCUGUCUCUUCAUGAAGAAGAACAAUCAAGUUUAGAUGAACUCGUACGGAAGAAUCAUCGUUCUGUGACUCCAGUAGCUGAUGUGGAUCCAGCAGCUGUUCAAAUGAUCUCUCUGAAUAAUUCGGAAAGCAACAGUCAGCAUGUAACUGAGCCAAUCUCACCAGUUACCGAAGUUGAAAAACCAGAAGCAGACAUUGCAUCCCUUGCUGCUUCAGGGGGAGAUAUAUGCUCCAGUGAAAUGGUUGAUUAUCAGAAUGUGAAUAUGGUGAAUAUUACAUCAGAUGUUUCAGUUGAAGAUUUAGAGAAAGAAGAGCAGAGUGGAGUGAACAGCUUAUUCGCUAGUGACAUUGGUGAUUUUGAGGAUGAGACAUCUAUGGAGGCUAUUGUUACCAGCCGAUCUGGCCCGAUGGUUAGUGCUGAACUUCUUGAGGGUAUUAUUGAGAAUGAAAAAAGUGAAAAGAUAGCACUGCGUUCAGCUAAGGAUUCACUUUUAAGCUUCAUCAAUGAAGUGGAAAUGAAAGAGAAGUCUGUAGAGAAAGCUAGAGAAGAGGCUGCUCAUGGGGGCUUGGAUACACUUGCUAGGGUGGAAGACCUUAAAAAGAUGUUGCAACGCGCAAAGGAAGCAAAUGACAUGCAUGCUGGUGAAGUAUAUGGUGAAAAAGCUAUUCUAUCCACUGAAAUGAGGGAGCUCAAAUCUCGCCUACACAGCUUGUCAGAUGAAAGGGUCAAAGCUCUUGCAACUCUUGAUGAGAUCCAUCAAGCGCUUAAGCUGCGGUUGGUUUCAGCUGAAGCUGAAAUCAAAGAGGCAGAGCGUGAAAAGCUUGAAAAGGAAACCUCUGCCUUUGAGUGUCUUGCUCGUGAAGAAAGCAGGAUGCAGAAGGUGGCUGAAGAAUCGAAGAUAUUGGAGCAACAAGCCGAGGAGAAUUCCAAGUUGAGAGAGUUCCUCAUUGAUCGAGGGCAAUUAGUCGAUAUGCUACAAGGAGAGAUAUCAGUUAUAUGCCAAGAUGUGAAGUCACUGAAAGCCAGGUUUGACCAAGGAGUCCCUUUGAGCAAAUCUUUAUCUUCCAGUCGGACAACCUCUAUAUCAACUUCGCCAAGUUCAUCUGUACUCGGUGCAUCAUUCGAAAAGUUGCCUGAAGCAGAGGUGGUUGCUUCCCCCAAAAGUGGAAAGGCGAGUUCAUCAAAUAUAACUGAUGAUGAGCUUCUAUAUAAAAAUGAAAUCAUAGGUACUGGCAAUGAGCCUGUGGAUGAUGACUGGGUGUUCUUCGACAUUUAAUUUUGCUGAUUGCUACUAUUAAUCAAGAGACUGACUAGUGCCUAUUAAAGUAGUUAGCUAUAGUAUCUUAUAUAUAAAAUUCCGAAUUCUGUGUAUAUAUAGUGGUGGUGUGAUGAGAUUUCGGGGUAACAUUUACAUGGCACAUUUAUGGUCAUGGUGCUUUCUUGGUAAUAAUGGACUAAUUGAGGCUUUGUAUAAAUAAUAAGUGCCCUCAUUCUGUUUAUUUUAUGAAGAAGCAUAGCUUUGUUGCUGACUUGCUG